AACCAUCAAUAACAGAAACCACCCCUCUCCAUCUCCAUUUCCUUCCUCUUUUCUCAAAAAGAAGAAGAAAAUCAGCAAUGGAUUUAAAUUCAAAGAAGUCCAACAAAAUCAGAGACAUCGUACGGCUUCAACAGAUCCUGAAGAAAUGGCGGAAGCUAGCGAACUCAUCGAAGGCGGCGAAUAAAAUCACCGGCACGGCGGCGGGGCCUGCUGGAAAGAGCAUAAAGUUUCUGAAACGGACGUUAUCGUCGGCCGGCGGGGAAAGCUGCGGCGGGGCAGUGCCAAAAGGGUAUUUGGCAGUGAGUGUAGGGGAAGAGCAAAAGCGAUUUGUUAUACCGACGUCGUAUUUAGGGCAUCCGGCGUUUGAGAUUCUGUUGAGAGAAGCGGAGGAGGAAUUUGGGUUUCAACAAACGGGGGUUUUGAGGUUGCCGUGUGAAGUGUUUGUGUUUGAAAAUGUGGUGAAAUUGGUGGAGGAAAAGAAGAAAGGGGAUUUGUUGUUAGGAGGGGAAGAGGUUUUGAAUUUUUGUUCAUUGGAAACGUUGCAGUUAACGCCGUCAUCACACCGCCCACAGAGUCCAAUGUGCAGAUAGAAGAAGAAGAAGAAGAAGAAGAACAGAGUUUUCUAAAAAAAAAAAAGAAAAGAAAAGAAAAGAAAAGAAAGCACUUUCUUUUUUCUCUCUUUUGAUUCCUCCUUUACUAUAAUUUUUUUUGGAUGAGGUAGAUCAAAUGUAUGAAGAAAAGAGGAAAUAUAUGAAAUUAUGAAUAAUAUAUAUAUUUUUUCUUUUUGGAAUUA